AUGAUUCAACAAAUCGGCUUCAUGCUGGGUGUAUUGGGACAGUUUUUAAUAUCUGCUGCUACAGCCAUGGAUAUGUGGAGUUUACAGGACCGGUCCUUCUCAGUCGUAACAAGUGUUUACACUUACUCUGGACUCUGGAAAUCAUGUGUAGAAAACUCAUCUGGAAUGACCCAAUGCAGGCCUUAUUUUACCAUACUAGGGCUGCCAAGUAAGGUUUGCUUUAUUGACUUGUAAGAAGUUAAACAUUAUGUUUCUUUGAUUUACUGUACAUUUAUCAAAUAUAAAGUAUUUUCCAAAUAACUAUGUCAAUGGACGGUCAGCAGCAAACUGUUUUUAACUUGAUCUCGAUCAAGCUUUGUAUGUCGAGUGCCUCUCAAGGGUGCGACUCUAGAUAAGAUAUGGCAUUUGUUUCUAUUAGUGGAUAUUAACAAGCGGUAUAAAACAAACUUUUUUUAUUUCACUUGACUUGAAACCUAAAACCAUUUUGAACAUGUCUAAUCAAGUUUCUUCAGCAGCGUUUAAUCUUUAAAAAUGCGUGUUAAAGGCGGGUAGUGAGAUUGUCUUCCAUAUAGUUUAGUCAGUAGGUCAUGUUAAUGUGAGUAGAGUUUAGAGCCAUGAUCAAUAAAAGGUAAUGUGUUUUCGUCUCAAAAAGGUUUUAUUGAUUUAAACAUGUUCAAUAGAGCAGUUCAAUCUUUUAAAAAAUUUGUAGAAUUAAAUUCAAGAGCAGGAAGUGAGAUUAUCUUCCAGGCACAAAAUAUAGUUAAAUGGCCCAUCAAAACAGGAGUACUAUAGGGCCCUAAUCAAUAAAACCUUUUGUCAUUUGGAUGUAGAUUUGAGAAUGAAUGUAGUUUUAGUUUUUUAAUGUUGGAACAUCUAUGAUCUAAAUUAAAUACCACAGUAGAUGGAUACAUAGAAUACUUAUAGGAAAGUAGGAUACACACAAUCACAGGUCAUUACUUAAGUUUAAAAGUAAGACUAUUUUAUCUGACGUUGUGUCUGUUUUUGUUUGACCCGUAGCUAUGCUCCAAGCUGUGCGGGCCCUGAUGAUAGUGGGGAUAGUUCUGGGAGCAAUUGGCUGUCUGAUCGCCAUCUUUGCCCUCAAGUGUCUGAAGAUGGGAAAUAUGGAGGACAAAGUCAAGGCUAAAAUGACGCUGACCUCUGGGGUCAUGUUUCUGCUCGCAGGUGAGGUGAUGUUUUUUGCCAAAGUUUUGGUGAUGUUCCAGCUCGCAGGUGAAUCUUUUUUGACACCACACUCCAAAAAGCAAGUCCUGCAGGCACUAGUUAUGUUUCAUCUUCAUUAUUGUCCAGUCGUGUGGUCGAGUGCUACAAGGAAAGACCUAGUUAGGCUGAAGCUGGCCCAGAACACCUCUUGCUCGUCAUUGUAAUCAGAGGGCUAAUAUAAAUACUAUGCAUGCCAGUCUCUCUUGGCUAAGAGUUGAGGAGAGACUGAUUGCAUCACUUCUUAUUUAUCUAAGAAACAUGAAUGUGUAGAAAAUUCCAAAUUGUAUGCAUAGUCAACUUACACACACUUACCUCACCAAACAUGCCACCAGUGUUAUAUAGAGCCAUUAUUGCAUGGAACUCCCAUCUCAUAUUAUUAUUAUUAUUAUUAUUAUUUAUUUUUGGGGGGGGGGGUGUGGAUCAGCUUAAUAUUGCAGAUAGAUUGUAUCUUCUAUCAAUGUAAUUGUCUGCAUCACUUCCAAUCCCCCAUGUUUUUUAUAUAUAUACUCCCCUUUAUUACUUUUCAACCCCGCCAUCCUUUCCCUACUUUGGAGUAAAUUAGUGAACAACAAUGCCCAGGCCUCUACUUCCGGUCUAUACUUACUAUCUACACCUUAUGGACACAGUUAAUUUUACAAUAAUUCUAUUAUAUAUAUAUAUAUAAAAAAAAAUUUUUGCUCCUGAAAUUCUUCUACUCUCAACCUCUCCGAUCAUUUUCAUGAUGUCCAUCCGGUUUGCUUCUAUAUGCCAUAUCUUUCUAACUGUGCUCUUUCCCAAAAACUUCCAACAUACAACCUAUAUACUUAUUAUGGACACAGUAUGCUUACAUUAUUAGCUAUCUUUGUUAUUAUUUGUUGUUAUUUGUUAUUAGUCCCAUCCUUCAACUCUAUUCAAUACCUCCCAUCUAUCUCUUAACACCAUCCAUAUAGGAUUUCUAUUUGCCAUAUAUAUUUCAACCGUACUGUGAUGUUUUACAAAAGUUCUGAACCUUUCUAUUCUCAUUGCUUCUACAGAUUGUGAAUUUAAAAUAAACAUUUUUGCUAAAAGUCUUAUUAAAUUAUUGAUCGAUUGACUAUGACUUUUCAGAUCACCCAGUAAUGCUAUCUGUAAGGUUAGCUCCAGGUAAAUAUUGCAAUCCUUUAGCCAUUCCUGGACCUGUGUCCAAAAACAAGCUACAAAUGGACAGAACCAAAACAAAUGAUCUAAUGAUUCUGUCUCUUCACAGCAAAAUAUGCAGAGCUGGGAAGUUUGUAUCCCCCAUAUAAAUAACAUUCUAUUGGUAGCAAGAAUUUUAUAUAAUCAUUUAAAUUGAAAGAUUCUAAUUUUUGAAUCCGGUGUCGUUUUGCGUGUCAGUUCAUAAACACUAUGCCAUGGGAUCGGUAUGUCAAAAAUCUCUUCCCAACUAUUUUGCAAUCUAUAUGGGACGGCUGUCAAUCCUUUGGUCCUUAAGUGAAACUAAUAUACUUUUUUAUUUAUCACAGUUUUCCUUAACCAAUUAUGUUCUUUAAUGCAAGGCCGACAGACAAGUUCCUUACUUUCUCCUCCUUCAACUUUCCUCUUCCACUUUUGCGGUAAGGCUGCAAUUAUUUGGUUGUAAUUUUGGGUAGAGCAGACAUUUCCAUAUGUUUUUGUUAGCUGCAUGUGCAACAUAACUCCACCAGUCCUACCGAUGAUAUCAUUUAUGAAGAUUAUACCUUUUUUAAAGAUUCUGUCAAAAAAUAACGUUUUUUUGUCAAUUAGUAUAUUUGAAUUUAACCACAAUAUUUGUUACAUUAUUUGUUCGGUCGUUUCUGGAAGAUUAAAUUGAAAUUGCAACCAACUUUCUAUGGCUUGUUUUAGAAAUAGUGAUAUUUGGGAGAUGAUUUCCUUUUAAAAUAACUGCAAAUGAGUUGUUGUAAUCUGAAUAAAGGGAAAAAGGCUUUUCUUGAACAUUGGGUGAGACAAUCUUACUAAUUUGCUUGAGAACCAGUUCGGAUUUAAGUAUAAUUUUUGUAUGACUGAAGCUUUUAGUGAUAGGUCUAAUGCUUUAAUAUGUAAUAAUUUCUGUCCUCCGAAUUCAUAUUCAUUAUAUAAAUAUGCCCUUUUAGUUUUGUCUGGCUUGCCGUUCCAAAUAAAAUUUAAUAUUUUUUUCUCAUAUAAUUUAAAAAACUGUUUGCUAGGCGUAUGAAGACCAUAAGCAAAUAGGUAAACUGGGAUAAUACUAAAGAGGUAAUCAGGGUGAUUUUUCCACAAAUUGACAGGUAUUUUCCUUUCCAUGGUAGUAAGAUCUUAUCUAUUUUUGCUAACUUUCUAUUAAAAUGUAUUGAAGUGAGAUCAUUUAUUUCCUUUGGAAUAUGUAUUCCGAGUAUAUCCACAUCACCAUCAGACCAUUUUAUUGGUAAACUACAUGGUAAUGUAAAAUUUUUAUUUUUUAGUGAUCCAAUACGUAAUAUAGUACAUUUGUCACAAUUUGGUUGUAAUCCAGAGAGGUUAGAAAAUGUAUCUAGAUCCUCUAUGAGGCUGUGGAGGGAUUCUAGUUGUGGAUUUAAAAGAAAACAUGAAUCAUCAGCGUACAGCGUAAUCCUCUGAUAUUAUUAUUGGAUCUGAUUUUAAUAGCUAACAUCUCGAUGGCCACAAUAAAUAGAUAUGCCGAUAGUGGACAACCUUGUUUCACUCCUCUUGACAGUUUAAAACUUUCUGAGAAAUAGCCAUUAUUUACUAUUUUACACCUAGGGUUACUAUACAUGAUUUUGACCCAUUUUAUAAGAGAUUCUCCAAAAUUGAAAUGCUCCAGGCAUUUAUAUAUAAACCCCAGUCGAACUUUAUCAAAUGCCUUUUCGAAGUCUGCUAUGAAUAGCAGGCCUGGUUUCCCAUAUUUUCCAUAGUGUUCUAUUGUUUCCAAUACUUGCCUUAUAUUAUCUCCAAUGUAUCUUCCAUGUAAAAAACCUGUCUGAUUAGAAUGAAUAAUAUCCGACAAUACCUUUUUAAUUCUAUGCGCUAUACAUUUUGCUAGGAUUAUUGCAUCACAACACUGAAGUGUAAGGGGCCUCCAAUUUUGUAAAUGGACUGGAUCUUUAUAUUUUCCACUUGUAUCCUGUUUCAGUAAUAAUGAGAUCAGACCUUCUUCUUGAGUGUCAGAUAAUCUACCAUUUACAUAGGAGUGGUUAAAACAUGCUAAUAACGGUCCUCUUAGUAUAUCAAAAAAGGUUUGGUAUACCUCGACUGGUAUGCCAUCCAACCCUGGAGUUUUCCCAGACUUAAAGUCUUUAAUUGCAUCCAGAAGUUCAUCCUCUGUAAUUUCACCUUCACAUGAGUCUUUCUGUGUGGCUGUUAAUUUGACAUUAUCAAUAGAAAAAAAAAAUCUACAAUUAGCUUCAGUUAGAGGAGAUGGAGGCGACUGAAAAGAAAACAUAUGCUUAAAGUACUUUGUUUCUUCCUUCAAAAUAUAAUUUGGUGAAUUAUGGGGUGACUCCGUCAAUUGUAAGCAGUUUCAUUAAGUUAUUUUUGGUAGCAUGUUGAAUAUUAAAACAUAAUGUUGUGCAUUUUUCCCCAUAUUCCAUCCAGUUUGCUUUGUUUUUAUAAUAUAUUACACUUGAUCUUUCUUGAAUAAGUUUCUCCAUUUAUUUUUGUUUUUCCGCUAAUUUAUUCUGAGCGUCUAUGUUACAGUUUUUAUUGCCAUCUAUCUGUUCUGUUAGACUUUCUAUUUCCUUUCUUAGUAUAAACUCUUUUGACCUAAAUUGCUUUUGUUUUCGAGAUGAGUACUGAAUUGCAUGGCCUCUAAAGGCACAUUUAAAAGUGUCCCAUACAAUAAGGGGAUUCGCUGUACCUAUGUUAUGUUGGAAAAAGUCAGUUAUAAAUUCCUUUGUUCUAAUUAUAAAUAAAUUAUCAUCCAAUAGGCUUUGAUAAAAUUUCCAAUAUCCUCGCCCACGUGGAAAUUCAGUAAGAGUAAUGUAUAUGCCUAUUAUAUGAUGGUCCGACCGCAUUCUGUCCCCUAUCAACAUUUUUUUUUACUUUUGGUGCCAACGAGAAUGAGAUAAGAAAGAAGUCAAGACGACUAGCUUGAUUCAGUCUCCGCCAUGUAUAUCUCACUAGAUCAGUAUAUUUAAGCCUCCAUAUAUCUACUAGUUCUAAUGUAUCCAUGACAUUCACAAUUUCCUUAAGAGCAUGUGGGUGAUUGUUUGUGGUGUGAUUUCCUUUACGGUCCAUUGAGCUAUUUAAAACAGUAUUAUAUUCCCCCACCAUAAUAAUAUUGUCUUGAAUUGCUUGCAGGGUUGAUAAUUUAUUAUAUAUUGUCAAAGAAUUUUGGAUCAUCAUUAUUUGGUCCGUAAAGGUUAACGAGCCAUAUCUGUUUAUGGUCCGAUAACAUAUUUAAAAUAAUCCAUCUACCUUGCGUAUCUAUUUGGACAAUUUGCACAUUCGGAUCGAAAUUACUAUUAAUUGAUAUCAUCACCCCUUUUGAAUUUCUUUGCCCAUGGGAGAAGUAUAUUCCCCCCCCCCCCAUUCUUUUUUCCACGCUACUUCAUCUCGAAUUGUUGAAUGAGUUUCCUGUAUACAAUAGAUAUUAUAUUCCUUCUCUUUGAGCCAUGUAAAUAUUGUUCUUCUUUUGUUAUUAUCAUCUAAGCCAUUACAAUUAUAACUGGCUAUACUUAUUUCACCAUACACCAUAAUGAGAUACAAGUUUCAAGUCUAUUUAUCAUUAUAUAUGUUUGUAAAUAUACCAAUAAAAAAUACCGUAAUGAUUGAGUGUCCAUAUAGCUGUACCGUGAUAUUUGCAUUGCUACGGAGUAAUCCUUCAAUUGUUCUCCACUAAUUCCCCCGCUAAAGCCCCUCCCCAUCCCAAGUUGAGCCGUCAUUCCAGUGAUCAGCAUCCCACCCACGUCCCUCCGGAUCCCUAAGGCCCCGAGAGGCCAGGACCCAUCCAUCGAAAACAGCACACAGUGCCACCCACAAAACAGAAGCAGAUUAACCGCCAAAAGCAUUUCCAAUGCUUUCACCUCUAUAUCUAUAUCUAUAUAACUAUUUAAAAAAAAAAUUGCAUAUCCUAUUUUCCAUCAUUAUCAAUUAAUAUGCGUAAUAAUGUUGGCAGUUCACGCAUAGGAUUCUAACAUAUAACCCAGAUUGCCAUUGUAUUACAUUUAAUUCAUUGACAAGCAAUUAUUGUCCUAGCAAAUAAUUCCUGUGGUCCAUCCCAUACCCCCCCCCCCCCCCCCCCUCCCCCCCCAACAUCCCCACCCCCCCACAACAGAUGCCAGACAAGCACACACACACAUACUCACAUACUCCAACACACUCAACCCCCCUCCUCCACAAUCCACCAUAAAAUCCGAUACUCAACGGCUGUUAUAUCCCAGAGCCCAACUCGAGAAAUAACCUGAUUUACGAGUGCACAUACAGUUAAAGCUGAUUGAGAAAGCAUGUAGAUUGAGCAGAAAUUGAUAACAAUGUGAGAUUUGAUGAAUCUACUUAAUCUAUGUCAAGUCCUAGGUGAUAGAGAUCAGAUCCACCCUCUUCACCUGAGACACAAACACUCUGAUCCCCUGUUGUAACCAUUUUCCCAAGCAUCUCCGUGCGGUCAGACCUUUGAUUGUUUUGUGCCACCUGGGCCACAAUGAUAAUCCCCCUCUCUGAUUGUCCGAGACUGACCCCCUCCCCAUGGGUUACUGCAGUCAGUGUUGCCAGCACUGCCACUACCUGGGUGGGCGUACCCCACCGGCUAGGUAAAAGGUCGUCAAGUUUCUCAUUAGCAGCUUUGAGAAUUUCCUUGUAUAUUAUGCUCUCCCAUCAGGGGGCUCUGGCUUUGUAGGACCAACCCUGCCAGGCAGGCUCAGAAUCUUGAGGGGGCGGUGCUGCUCAAGUAGGUCUCUGACCGCAUUUAUUUCUCUGUUUAGGCUACAUACUCACAGCAGGUCCAUAAAAGAGAUGGGAACUUCUCUUUGGUGUAUGGGUCGCUCAGGUGGGUGUCCAGGUUAUAGGGUUAGGGAUCUUUCCAUCAUGAUAGGACAAUGAAAAAUUAGAUUAUACUAUAUUAAAAAAUGUAUAUCCCUCAUCUACACAAAAUUGAAAGCUCUCUCUCACUACCCCUGCUCAUAGACCCCCGGUCGGCUCUGGGAUAUGCAACCAUUUCCCCUCUCAUUCACUUAACGCCGCACCUUUUCAAAUACAAAAAUGCACACCACAUGGUUGACUGCGGAAGAAAUGGGCCGAGCAUGCAAACGCACCCACAUCCACAUCUGCCGCAAGGGGGAAAGGACGCCAGAGAGAACACAGGACCAACCACAACAACCAUCCGCCAAAACAACAACCUCCCGCAAAAAAAGCCAUGUUCUAAUUAUUUGUAUUUAAAGAUGUAUUAUUCUGCUUGUUAUGUCGUUUUAUCCUUUUAUAAAAUACUAUACUUACUAUAAAUGUUAUUUAAUAUUACAAUCCCUAUCAUUGCUAGUAUCAGGUGCUCCAAUAUUUGACUCCUCUAUUACAACUUUUAGAAUAGCCAUGGAAUAGUCUUUGUGUCUCUGAACAUUUGAUUGUCAAUAUAUAGUUUAUCCACCACGAGUGCAACACGUUUUCCUUUUAAUCUGUUUUCCUUGAAGAUUGGAUACAGAACUUUGAGCCUUUCUACAAUCUCCCUCGGGAACUGAUCAUUCAUGCCUAUUUUCGUGCCAGCAAGUCUUUUUCCUAGGCUUUUCACCAUAGCUUUAUCUUUAAAAAAAGCAAAUUUGGCAAUGAUUGGGCGCUCAUAUUUCUGUCCUUUUUUUCCGAAACGGUGUACACGUUCGAGUUGGAUUUUAUCGACAGCCUCGAGUGGGAUUUGUAGCGCUGUAUGCAGGAAGUCCUUCAUAAUAUUCUCUGUUAUUUCUCCCUCCUUUUCCUGAAUACCCGUAAGUACUAGAUUUUCCCUCAUCUAUCUAGUUUGGAUGUCUAGUAAGGCUUCUCUCAGAAGGUUGUUCUCCUUUUUUAAUUCCCUAACGUCCGUUUCCAUUUUAGAGACUGUCAUUUUUAAUUUUUUGGUUUCUUUCUCCAUUACCAAAGCUUUUUCGUCACUCAUUUGAAGACUCGCUUUCAACUAUUUUACGUCUUUACUGACCAAUUCUAGUAUGCCCAAUUUGUCAUUUAUUUGUCAUUCACCAGUGGUGAAAAGCAUAUAUCAUCUGUAUCAGUCGAUGAGUCACGUUUCCUUUUGGGGAUUGGCUCUCCACGCUUAUCUUCAGUCAUGUUUGGGUGUUGCGUGUUGUUGUAAUAUUUGUCGAUAUAUUUCUCUAGCCUUAUGAUCUGUUUGUGUUAUUAUCCAGAUUGAAUUUUAUUAACUGUGAAUAUAUGAAAUGCUAAUAUUUAGUCUAACUUACUGAUUUUGAAUAUUUAGUUUUUAUCUUGAGGUGUUUUGUACCGUUUUCUAUUCAAUACGCCAUCUUGUCUACGCGUGCCCUGCCCCCGUGCCCCAGCGUCUCUCCCAUCUCACAUUGCUCAAAUGAACAGCAAACCUGGUUUCAAAAAACAGAUAAAGCAACAGCUCACGGCACAACGCCAUCUCCCCUAUUUAAAGUUUGUGUGUAUGUAUUGAUAUGUAGGCUACGCGUGCCUUUUUUAAAUUGAUGUAGUUCUGUCCUUGAGCUGUUCUUGUCUGUUAAUGUUCUGUAUUAUGUCAUGUUUCAUGUUUUAUGUGGACCGUAGGAAGAGUAGCUGCUGCUUUUGCAACAGCUAAUGGGGAUCUUAAUAAAAUACCAAAUACCAAAAUACCAUGUUUUGGAUUGUAUUGUUGUAAUGUUUCGAUGAUGUUUUGGUAAUGUUUUGGUGAUGAUUUGGUAAUUUUUUGGUAAUGUUUUGGUAUUGAUGUUCAUAACUGGCAAGCCAAAUCAUUCUGAUUCAAUUUGGGUUUAAAGUCUAAAACAAAAAUGUCUGUUUUCUUCUUCUUACCAACCAAAAUGUAAAUGUAAUUUUCCUCCUCCUAGGUGUCUGUGGCAUUGCUGGAGCGUCUGUCUUUGCCAACCUAAUCGUGUCCAGCUUCCGGUUCACCACCUAUGCAGGAGAAGGUGGACUGGGAGGAGGGUUAGGAGGACUUGGAGGAUCUCUCACUCCAAGGUACAUUAACUGCAACGUGAGAAGGAUUCACUUCUCCCAAAUGGCACCCUAUCCUUUAGAGUCCGGUCAAAAGUAGUGCACUAUGUAGGGAAUAGUGUCAUUUGGGAGGCUGCUUUGGUGUAUAAGCUGGUAUCAAUCAUAAGGUCAAGAUGGCAAUUUGCUAAGUUGUAAUUUUUUAUGUGUCAAUGUAUCACUUCUGUUUUUCAGGUACACCUUUGGCACCGCCCUCUUUGUGGGGUGGAUAGGCGGGGCUGUGUUGGUCGUGGGAGGAGUUAUGAUGUGUAUUGCCUGCAGAGGGAUGAUUCCAUCAGAGGAGAAGAGACAUGGGUAAAUUCCAUCUUAUCCACCAGAAAACGAGAGUUCUAAACUAGAACCAUACUCUUCAUCCUCUUUCUAAUUCUUACUCACAAAUAUUAUUAAUAAUUAUAUUUAUUCUAAUCAUUUCAUUUUCUUUCUGUCCUCAGUUAUGGGAUGGCCUACAAAGCUGCGUCCCAACACACAACCGUGUACAAGGAUGACGUGAAUCCCAGACUGGCCUAUGACAAGUCUUUCAGAGCCCAGAGUAUGAAUGGAAGAAACUCCAACCAGCAAUAU